AUGCAACUCCAACUCCUCUUCCUCAGUACCCUUAGCCUAGUCUCAGCAUACACCAAACCGCAAGCAGACCCAACCUGGAACGCCCUCCGACUCCCCGACGUCACUCACCCGGUCACCAAAGGCAAGCCUUUCACCGUGACCUGGGACGGCACGCCCAAGGAAGUCGACGGCGUCACAGUCUCUCUCGUCCUCUGUCGAGGAAACUCCAACACUUGCAAAAUCGACGACAAAGCUUUGGUGGAAAAGAUCCCUGCGUCGGACAAGUCUUGGACAUGGAAUGUUCCUUGCGAUCUCAAGGCGGGUACAGCCAAGACAGAUAGUGGGUACGGAAUGUUGGUGAUUGUGGACGGGACGGGAGAAUUUCAGUAUUCGACGCAGUUUAGUGUGCUGGAUAAUGCUGAGGGCUGUUAG